AUGGUGGACAUUGGAGGGAGACCUCCGGGGGAUCCGCCAGACACGUCUCAGACAUGGGCACAGAAGGUGGUUGGUUGUAGUAGUGAAGGUUUGCCUAUCCCGGAGGAGGUUUUGGCUGAUGAUUUUGUGUCGGAGAGGGUUGUUUUGGAGUUCCCUAAUGGGGAUGAUGGUGAACCGGUAGUCACGAUCGGAGAUGAGGUCUUGACGGUGAUGAAGAGCCUAUGGAAACAAUGUAUGAUUGUUAAGGUUCUAGGCAGGCAUGUCUCGAUAGCGGUGUUGAGUCAGAAGUUACGAGAGUUAUGGAAACCAAAAGGUCCUAUGUUUGUGAUGGAUCUGCCCCGCCAAUUCUUUAUGGUACGUUUUGAGAGGGAGGAUGAAUACUUGGCCGCACUGUCCGGGGGACCGUGGAGAGUGUUUGGGAGUUACCUCAUGGUUCAGGCUUGGUCCUCGGAGUUCAAUCCGUUAACUGAUGAGAUCGUUACUACCCCCGUUUGGGUUCAUCUCACAAACAUUCCUGUGCACUUUUACCACCGUUCUAUCCUAAUGGGUAUUGCGAAGGGUCUUGGGAAACCCGUUCGAGUGGAUCUGACGACACUGAACUUCGAGAGGGCAAGAUUUGCUAGGAUUUGUGUGGAAGUAGAUCUGAAGAAGCCUCUAAAAGGUUCGGUGAUGGUGAACGGGGAGAGGUUUUAUGUGCUUUAUGAGGGGCUUACGAACAUUUGUUCUUUGUGUGGUCUCUACGGCCAUUUAGUGCACUCAUGCCCACAGAACCGUCGUGAUGUGCUUCCAGUGGAGGUGGCACCAUCGCCGGCGGUUGUUACGGAGGUAAGGCAGGAUUCUCAGCCUGGAGACAAGGUUUACGGUUGUGACAACAAAAGGCAGGAGAUCAGGUUCGCAUGGGAAUCAAAGGAGGUUGACCGGGGGAGCAGUGGGUAG